AACAAGUGGGCUGCUGCUGGAAGUACAGCACUUCAUCUACAGCUUACAGUGCACUGAGCCUUGCUGGACAAAAAUGGUUCGACUAUAUCCUGCAGCAUUGGAGAGAUUAUCCUGCACAUCUUAGGUGCCGAGUAGAUGCCACGGCGCAACCAUGGCGCCUUAUAAGGAGUUAAAACUUAUUGAUUUCCACAGUUCCCCGCCUCACCUGCAGUUCAACAAGUAUGUCUUGAGUGGUUACCGUCCAGUGUCCACCUCCAGAGGAUGCCUUCAGAGUCUCUUCUACCUGCACAAUGAAUCUGGGAACAUCUACACACACGGUAUACCAUUUGUAGGCUUCCUGCUGCUCUUGCCCCUGAGCAUCCCCUGGUCAGAGGUGGAUGAAUGGUGGCUCUGUUUAGUCCACUACCUGGCCUGCCUCUCACCCACAGUGGGCUCCGUCUUCUACCACAUCUUCAUGAACCACGAAGGAGGUGUCCACAUCUACGAUGCCCUGCUUUCCUUCGACAUGCUUGGUGUCUGCCUUGUCAACACACUGGGUGCUCUGCCGAUAGUUCACAUUACCCUACUCUGCUACCCAUCUUUUCGGAGGGCCGCCAUGAUGGCUUAUCUCCUCGUCUCCUGCCACGGUAUCCACUGUGCAGUGACGGCAAGGAGUAAUGUCCGGCGCUUGCGCUCCUUCGCAUGGCAGGCCCUGUUCCGUUUUUUUCUCUUCAUCCUGCGCUGGACUGGUGGAGGGACAGGAAGCCCUGACUCACUACGUCUCUACCUGACCAUGGAUUCACUGGCACUGCUUGGAGGACUCGUGAACAUCUCUCGUGUGCCAGAGCGCUUCAGUCCAGGCAGCUUUGACUACUGGCUCAACAGCCAUCAGAUUAUGCACAUGAUGGUGGUCUUGUCCAUCAUGUAUUUGCACUGGGGGAUGAUGGAGGACUUGGCCUGGUUAAGGCAGUACCAGUGUCCUGUGGAGUAAAAUAAAAGGGAACUUCCUUAUGGGGUAAUAUGCAACAAAUUUUGAGCCCCAUCCUUUUAUAUCUUCAAAGAAUAUUUUUACCCUUUUUUUAUAGUUUUCACUCUUGCCCCAAUGAAGUUUGCUAACUAAACAUGUUGAGCCAGAAGUUAACAAAGACAUGAGGGCUCCCUGAGAUGUCAGCUCUCCUCCUUCCCACUGUCAACAAACCUGAGUGAGUGCGUGGCAGCAGCAGGGCGACAGCACAGACAUUCUCAGUUUACCACAACACUAUGUCAAACAUGUCUUGGUUCAUCAAUUGCAGCUGGCUUUAGGGGGAAAUUGUGUGAAUUAGAUAUUUCAAACCUUUUAAGCUUCACAACAGUAGCCCUUGAAUUAACAGUUUGCCUCAAGUGAGCAAUUCUGUUUUACAAUGAAUGCCUUCAACAAAUCUUAAUGAAACACUUGAUAGGCACUGGGGUUUUCAGCCAGGCCUUCAUGAUUGAAACCAACAGUUCCAGAUGUGGAUGCUGGGGCAAAACACUGUCUGAAGUAGUAACAGACAAAAGGGGCAAAAUUAAGAAUUCAGUAAUUCAUCAGUACUGAUUUUAGCUGACUUUUAAAUAUCUGGACAUUGAGUAUUCCCAGAUUUUUGGAUAUUAAGAUUUUACAGAUCUCAGAUUUGUUGAAGAUAUUGGAUUUUUGCCGUGAUAUUCUCUCUAUAUUUGAAUGGGUCAUUUCCUGACAAUACUUGAACAUCUAAAUCAAGUUCAUCAU